AUGCAUGACAGGCUACUUAAGAAUUCCCACCACCUUCCGCGCUCCAACUUCGAACAAGACACACCACACACCUUGCAGCGCCUGCACAUCCUCGCACCGCACCGCAAGACCAAGAUGCAGUACCCUCACCUCCUCGACCUCCCGCUGGAGGUGUACGAGAACAUCUGCCGCCGCACCACCGCCCGCGGUCUGAGAAGCCUCCGUCAAUCCAGUCGCGAUCUCCACCAGAUGACCGAGGGCGUGUUCAUCGAACGCCACUUCAGUGCUAUGGAAGUCAAUCUGUCGCAGGAGAAACUCGAGUAUCUGGAUCGGGUGUCCCUGACCGCCAAGUACGCCGGCGAGGUUCGCGCCAUCAUCAUCGAGCCGAGGAGGUUGAAGGGAUACGAUAUACCAGUCAGCUCUGAGUGCUUGAAGAAGAUCGAGAACAGCUGGAACUUCAGCAACCAGGGUGGGGAUGUCACGAUGCUUGCCCGUAUCCUGCCGCGUCUGGCCAACCUCGAGCGUAUCCAGGUCGCCCAUUACCUCGACCCUCGUUACUUCGAGAACCACCGUCUGAGGCCUUUGCGUUGCGACACGACCGGCUAUGUCGUCCGUGAGAAGUCCACGGCUCUCUCAUACGCCUUCUCCGUCGUCGACCGUGCGAUGCAGAGAGCUGGUCCGACUGGCAUCAAGACCCUCCGUGCAGGUGCUCGCCCGAGCGCCGGACAGCGCAACUCAAUCGGCCAUCUCAGCCUCGAGCGGCCACUGCCCACACCUGUCUUCGCUACCCUCGAGCACAUCCACCUCGUCCUUGAGAUCACCCCUGGCACCUUUGGCGGCAGCGGCCAGACACUCCUCUCCGACUUCCUCGCUCAAGCUCCCAACCUCAAGUCCCUCCGCCUCGAGUUCUGGGGCUCCAGCGGCGAGUGGCUCUCCACCACCCUCAACAACCUCACCUUUCCUCAACUCGAAACCCUCCACCUUGAAGCCGCCCGAAACCUCCACGCCCCCCAACUCCGCGCCUUCCUCUCACGCCACGCCUCCGCCCUCCAAGCCCUCUCCGUCGUCAACCUCACCUUCGCCAACAACGACCUCCUCUCCACCUUCCCCCUCAUCUUCAAGAUCCCACACCUCCACCUCCACGCCAUCCGCCUCCAGCAGAUCGCCGCCCGACACAUCGGCCUCCUCCUCUUCGACGCCCAAGGCGUCAUCACCACCUGCGAAGCCUGCAAGCAAGACCUCGACGCGAACUGGCGCUUCGUGCCCGGUCCGCUGUGUCCACGCGGCAAUUUCGAGGUCACCGAGGGCGAGCUGGAGGCUGCUCGGAAGCUGCAGGAAGCGUUGGGCCAGAUGACGGUCUUGCCGUGGUCUGUGCUUUGA